AACUCCAUCCUCACUCUCUCCUCUCUCAUUACUCUCUCUCUCCUCUCAAGAAAUCAAUCAAUCAAAAAUGGCUCUGCUCUCAAAAUCAAACCCAAUCCCAGCCUCAAUCAUCGAAGCCAUUGACGAGAUCAUGCGCCUUUACCGCUCUCUCCCCCCUCGCCCAACCAUCGAACAAGUCGAAGCCGCCAUGGCCAUAAUCCAAACCUCAACCGCUGAACAAGAACUCAAGCUCCAAGAAAUCGAUAAUUUACAGAAACCCCCCGAUGUCCCGGACGAGCUAUUCUCCAUCCUUCAACAGGCGAGAAAGAACUUGGUGCUGCUUCAAGCCCACGAGCAGAGGAAGGAGGCUCAGCAUGUUGUGGAUUUGGACUUGAGAUUUCAAGUGUUUGAAGAUUUGAUUCAGAGGGCUUCGAAACUUGUUGGGGGUGAGAGGGAAGAGGAGAAGCUUGCUGGGUUUGAGAAAAGGAAGAAGGUUGAAGAGGAGGAGAAGAAAUUGGGGGAUUUGGGGCUUGUUUCUUCUCUCAAAACUGAGGUCCCUUUAGCUCAGACUCAGAUUCCAGCAGGCGACGACGAAGAAAAAUUGUCCCUCAUCAACGUAGCCAACUUAAUUGAGACAUCAGCAAAGCAAGGCACUGGAGUUCUUGAUCUUCGAGGCAAAUUAAUGGAUCAAAUCGAGUGGCUCCCCUUAUCUCUCGGAAAAUUACAUGAAGUAACAGAGCUGGAUUUAUCAGAGAACAGGAUCAUGGCAUUACCAUCAACUAUAAGUAGCCUGAAGUUAUUAAGAAUACUCGAUAUUCACUCGAACCAGCUGAUAAACUUACCAGAAUCAUUUGGAGAGCUAUCCAAUUUGACUGAUCUUGAUCUGCAUUCUAACAGGUUGAAAUCUCUACCCGCUUCAUUUGGCAACCUCACGAAUCUAGCCAAUUUGGAUCUGAGUUCCAAUCAGUUAGUAGUUCUCCCUGAUACAUUAGGGAAUUUAAAGAAUUUGAGAAGACUUAAUGUGGAGACAAAUGAGCUUGAAGAGCUUCCUUAUACUAUUGGAUCUUGUACUUCACUUAUCGAACUCAGGUUAGACUUCAACCAGCUGAAAGCACUUCCAGAAGCAGUUGGGAAUCUAGAAUGUCUAGAGAUUCUAACUCUACACUACAAUAGAAUCAAGAGCUUGCCUACUACAAUGGGCUCAUUGUCAAAAUUGAAAGAACUGGAUGUUUCCUUCAACGAGCUUGAAUCAAUCCCAGAGUGCCUCUGCUUUGCAACUAAUCUCGUGAAAUUAGAUGUUGGGAGGAACUUCGCAGACUUGAGGUCUCUGCCAAGAUCUAUUGGCAAUUUGGAGAUGCUUGAGGAAUUGGAUAUAAGCAGCAAUCAGAUAAGAGAAUUGCCAGUCUCCUUCAGACUCCUGUCAAAGCUGCGAGUAUUCUGUGCUGAUGAAACUCCUCUUGAAGUGCCACCAAGACAAGUAGUUAAGCUUGGCGCUCAGGCAGUUGUGGAGUAUAUGGCAGAUUUAGCUGCAGGUGCUGGGGCUCCAUCUUCGGAGAGAAAAGGAUUUUGGUACUGGUUUUGCUCUUUGUUCCGACCAAGAAACAAGGAUGUCAACUCAAAGGUUAAUUUUGCAAAUGUGUGAGGUCUGAACUUUUAUCCAACCUUUUAAAUGGUUCAGCCAUGAACUUGUCUGCCUUUGUUUGUUCAUCCUUGUUUAUGUUUUAUCCAAGCUUGUAAAUGGUUCAGCCCGGAACUUAUCUUCCAUUGUUUGUUCAUCCUUGUUUAUGUUUCUGUCUUUGGAUGUAAAUUGAUUUUAGACUACCUGCAUUUCUGUAGAUGUGUGUUACUGAAAUUGUGUGUAUAUUUAGGCUGAAUCUUGCAGUUAAUUUGUUUGUAAAGACACUCUUUAUGAGAAUGUAAAGGGUUAAAAUUUUUGCUCUC